AACCAACUCCACUUCAUACACACACUACAAAACCCUAAUCACACUUUGCAUGCAUGCAUUGCAUUGCAUUUCAUUUCAUUCUCAAACAAACAAAGAAACUGAUUAUCAUCAUGUCCUACUCAUCCUUCAUCUUCCUCAUCCUCUUCAUCCUCCCUUCCAUCCAUGCAACCAUCCCUUCAGGCACCAUCCAAAGAACCACCAAACAACAAAUCCUAGCCACCGUUGCUCCCACCUCCGGCCAACCCUCGCCUUUCCUCUCCUCCCCUUCCGGCAAGUACACCGCCUACCUUGUUCGGCAUGAGACCGCUCCCGGUGCCGGUGGCUUUGGCAAUGACUUCUGCUACAUCCAAGUCCAAGAGACCAGCUCCGGUCAAAGUCUCUGGGAAUCAGAGUGUGCUCCGGCAAGCAAUGAAAACACUUGUGCACUUGUGUUUGAUGAUAAUGGUCUUGAAGUGUUUGAUGGUAGUAACCCAAUUUGGGACACUGGUGCUGAGUCUGCUGAUGAUAAUCCAUUGGAAUUGUUGGAAAUGGUGGAUGAGGGUGAUAUGAGGAUAAGAGAUCAAAUUGGUGAGCUUGCAUGGAAGGCAAGUGAUGAUCCUAGAGCAAACCAGGGUUGUGGUGAACCUGGAUCACCGGGUUUGGCUCCGGCGAUGCCUCCAUUUGCCGUGCCGAUUGGUGGUGGCAAUAACCUCCCUUUUGGACAGCAACAACAACAACAACAACCACAACUACAACAAGGACAGCAGAACUCUGGAGCUGCGUUUAACCAGGAGAGUGGUGGAUUGAAUGGACAACCUCUUGUAGACAAUACUGCAUUUUUUAGUGGGAGUUGUAAGAGUGUUGAGCUGAAGGUGAUUGUGGUGGUGAUGUUUUCAUUUUUAGGGUUAGGGUUUGGAUUUUAAUGGGGUUUUAGGGUCUGUAUGUGGUGGUGUGUUAUUGGUGGUGUUUUAAGUGUGCUUGAUGGCGUCUUUCUAAA